CUCAGUCAAAAUGAGCCGAGUAUUUGUGGCACAGCUCAGUCUGCAGCCGCUCACUUCCUGUUCACUUCAGUCUCACCAGCAACAUCAUGGCCGUGCGGCGAAAAGACAGCUUCCUCUGGGGAAAAGUUGAGAGAAGACAGCACCUGAGCAGCCAUCACAGCUCAGAGUCCCUGGAUAAUACACAGAAGCUUAAGGUCACCAUCGACGUAGAAGAUAAAAAUGUGUCGAGGAGUCGGAAAUUUCUGCAUGGGAAAAAGAAAUUCAACAUGGAUCCGAAAAAGGGCAUACGGUACCUGGUGGACAGUGGGCUGCUGGAGUGGAGACCUGAACCUGUGGCUGAAUUUCUCUAUAAAGAAGAAGGACUCAACAAAACGGCCAUCGGAAACUUCUUAGGAGAGAGAGAGGAAAUGCAUCUGGCGGUGCUCAGAGCUUUUGUGACGCUGCACGAAUUCUCCGACUUGAAUCUAGUGCAGGCUUUGAGGCAGUUUCUGUGGAGUUUCCGUCUCCCUGGAGAAGCUCAGAAAAUCGACAGAAUGAUGGAGGCUUUCGCUACUCGCUACUGCCUCUGUAACCCCGGAGUCUUCCAAUCUACCGAUACGUGUUACAUCUUGUCCUUCUCCAUCAUCAUGCUCAACACCAGCCUCCACAACCCCAGCGUCCGAGACAAACCCAGUCUGCAGUACUUCAUCUCCAUGAACAGAGGCAUCAACCACGGAGAGGACCUGCCCACCGCCCUGCUCUCGAAGUUGUACGCGAGCAUCCGUAGUGAGCCAUUCAAAAUUCCAGAGGAUGAUGGGAAUGACCUCACGUUGACCUUUUUUAACCCCGACAGAGAAGGCUGGCUGCUCAAGAUCGGAGGAAGAGUAAAAACAUGGAAACGGCGAUGGUUCAUUUUGACAGACAGCUGCUUGUACUACUUCAAAUACACAACCGACAAAGACCCCAUCGGGAUCAUCCCAUUGGAAAACCUGUGUGUGCGAGAGCUGCAGGACUCCAGUAAACCGUUUUGUCUGGAGUUGUUCAGCCCCAAAGCUCAGAAGGUGAAGGCGUGUAAGACGGAGCACAGAGGCCGGGUGGUCCAGGGCAAACAUCAGUCCUACAAACUCAGUGCCUCCAGCGCAGAGGAGCGAGAGGCCUGGGUCACCGCCAUCAGGGCCAGCAUCACCAAGGACCCAUUUUAUGACAUGGUCUCAAUUCGGAAAAGAAAAGUCAUCAACCACACGCCAUCUUGAGGAGAGCUUAUGGAGUCUAUUUCCACCUCCCCACGCGCAGAUUUAAAUGACAAGCUGAAUGACUCUUUAUAUAAGCCUCAAGUGUCAAGAUAAUUAUACAGUAUGCACUUUUCACUCCCGACCAUUUCAUAUGCUCUCCUGUGUUUGGCUGUCACUCCAAUAAGAUGUUUUAUUUUUGCUUUUUCAAAUCACAGGAACUCAUAUUGUAAAUUUUGUUGUUGAUUACUGCCGAACUGUGCAGAAACAGGACUAAACCAGGACUUACAUAGGUCUAGACCUGGACUAAACUAGACCUAACCUAGGAAUAAACUAGAGCUAACUCAGGAGGACUAUCCCAGGACUAAACCAGGUCUAACAAAGGACUCAACCAGGGCUAAACCAGGACUAAACCAGAACUAUACCAGAACUAAAAUAGGUCUAAACCAGGACUAAACUAGACUUAACCUAGGAAUAAACUAGAUCUAACUCAGGACUAAAACAGGACUAACCCAGGACUGAACCAGGACUAAACCAGGUCUAACAAAGGACUCAAACAGGACUAAACCAGGACAAACCCAAGGAUAAACCAAACCUAACUCAAAGUUUAAACAGGAAUAAAUCAGAAAUAAACCAGGUCUAAUCCUGGAUUAAACCAGGUGUAAACCAGACCUAAAGCAGGUCUAACAAAGGACUAAACCAGGUCUGAACCAGGACUAAAUCAGGUCUAAUGAAGGACUCAACCAGGGCUAAACCAGGACUAACUCAAGAAUAAACCAGACCUAACUCAAAGCUUAAACAGGACUAAACCAAUACUAAAAUAGGUCAAAACCAAGACUAAACUACACCUAGCCUAGGAAUAAGUUAGACCUAACUCAGGACUAAAAUAGGACUAACCCAGGACUAAACCAGGUCUAACUCAAAGCUAAAACAAGACUAAAAAUUAAGAAAUAAACCAGGUCUAAUCCAGGACUAAACCAGAUCUAAACCAAGCCUAAAGCAGGUCUAACAAAGGACUAAACCAGGUCUGAAACAGGGUUAGGUUUAGGUCUAAAGUACCACAACUAGAUGCUACUGCAGAUAUGGGAAAACCCCUCACGAGCUGUACAAACCAGACCUAAACCAAGUCUAGAUCAGGACAAAACAAGGUCUAAUCUAAGACUAACUCAGGACUGAACCGGGUCUAAUCCAGGUCUAACCCAAGCAGAACUAAACCAGGACUAACUCAGGACUGAACCAGAUCUAACCAAGGACUAAUUCGGGUCUAAACCAAAACUAAACUAGGACUAAACCAUGUCUACCAGCAAACUAAACAAGGACUAAAACAGGACUAACCUCUAUUAUUUCUAACCCAGGUCUAAAUCAGGUCUAAUCCAGGUCUAACCCAAGCAGAACCAGGACUAAACCAGGACUAACCAGGACUGAACACAGAUAUUGCAGACUGGGAAAGCUGUACUUUUUGGAGACUGCUGUCUGUCCGUUGUUUUGCCCUGAAACUGCAUCCAGCCUCUUCCUCAUCAAAUAAAACUUCAAAUAUUGCGUCUUUUCACAUCAGCCUUGUACUGUGUUUGCCUGUACAAAACCUGCUUUAUUUUAUUGCUUAAACAACAUUUCACCAUGUCUAUGUACCUCAU